CGCUUUAACUGCAGGUUGUUCGAGCUUCUCUCCUCUACAAACCUCUGUGCGGCGUUCACACGCGCACGCCAUAACCAGGAAGUAACAAAUAACACCGUGAACGCGGAAGUAAGCUGCUUCGCUGCAGACCCGAAAAGUGAAAGUAACGUUGUCAAUAACACUGUGUGUUCAUUGUGAACUGUGAGCCGCAACGCUACGGAAGUUAGCACACAAGCUAAUUCGCUGCCUCUGACAACGCUGACAGAUAGACACGAAGAAGACUGGCCCUCUGACUCACUAACAGCCUCCAUGGACAACACAGGAGAUCUAGUGGGGAACACAGACGAGGAGUUGCCACAAAUGGAUGGCACAUGUGAUUCGUGUGAGCCGGAUGAAGCCCAGCCUGCCACACAUGUAUGCCACACCUGCAGCUUUGCCUUUUGCCAACCGCAUGCCGACAGACAUUCAAGCCGCACCCGACAUCCCCUAAUGCCUUAUAUCCACGCAGAACACCAAGAAAACGGGCCCAACCGUGAGCCCAGUGGUGUUGCCAGGGAUGAAUUAGGCCAGGCAGGUCUGCUGGCCAUGCAAGAAGAGGAACUUGAAAUGGCAUCGGGUCAUGCAGACAAAAGUGAAGCUGAGAAAAGUGACUGUGCAGGGACGGAUGUUGGUGGCGAAGAGGCUGAGGGAGGAGAGUCUGAGACGACAGAGAGACUGCGCUGCAAGGAGCACGGACAAGAACGCACGCUAUACUGCAAACGUGAUGAGGAGAUCAUUUGUGUCGUGUGUGCUGUGCAGGGAGAGCAUCAGGAGCAUGAGAUAAUCACGCUGCACGAGGCCUACGUUUGGCAAAAGAGCUUGGAUGGUUAUGAUCUGCUGGGGUGUGCACAAGAGAUCGGCCAGAAAAUCACUGACAAAUGGAACGACACUUCGAUGUCUCAGGAGGAGUUGCUGGUCUACGUGGAUCAACAGUAUGAAAAGCUACGUAAAAUGGUCCUACUGGAGGAGAAGAGGACCCUUCAUCUGAUAGAGCUGAAGCGGGCUUAUCUUACUUCACGUGUGGCUGAGAAAAUCGCCGAGAUCAACGUGGAGACCAAGCAGCUGCAUGAAGAGCUUGAGUAUGUCAAUCACCAUCUCAACCUUCUGCAAAUGGCUGAGGCUGGACUUGUUAAUCCCGGGGCUGGACUCAUUCCCUUUCCGCCAGCGUCGUCUGGAGGCCUGAAUGAGGCCAGACCAAGGUUUCCAGAGCCCAGGGCUGCACCCGCGGACCCUCGGGACUUAAAAGGCGAUGACUCCGAACAGUCCAUGGAUCACGCGCCCUGAUGAGUCUCUUCCCUGCCGUCCAUCCAUCCGGCCGCCUUUUCCGCAGUUUGACGAAUGUGUUCCUGCUCGCGGCUCGUGCUGGAAUUGAAGCGACCUUGAAGUGGGAUGCUGCGAUUCCAAAAUGUCUUACUUGACUCGGACUUUCUGCUACUGCAGAAGCAGUUAUUUUAAUUCAGAAUUCCAGAGAUCUUCAGAUGAGUUGAUUUUGGCACUUAUGACUUGUGAUUGAACUGACAAGGGCGUCUGUUUUUGAACUGCUCUUUGCUUUCCAUUUAAAAGAGGGUUGCAGCGUGAGUGACAGCUUGAUUCGCGUCACCGCCCGACACUUUUACAAGAGUCUCGAGGGAGUUGGAGACGCGUCAUCCGAACUUGAAAUGGCUCCCUCCUUUCAUCGUAUUCUCCUGUGAGCCUGAGACGUGCCUCCCUCCAUUCUUCUGUUUGUCUCCUUUGGAUCGAUAUAUAAAACACUUUGGUUUUGCUUUUAACAUUGAUGAAAGAGUCUGCGCAUUCAUAGGUGUGUUAUGUGUGAAAAAUGUAAUAAAGAUAACUGA